ACGGGCGCGCGCGCAUCUCAUCGUCCUGGAGCGCGUGCGAGCAGCGGAGCGCACAUUCAAGCGCGGAUCGCAGCGAGCGUCGCGUCAUUUUCCUCGUGGGUCUCCUUUGCAGACAUGUUUUAGACGUUAAUCGCGACAGAGGAACAAGAUUCAGCUGCAUACAGAAACCGAGAGAGAACGUGACCUCGACUGACACCGACAGACCCUCAGAGAACUGCAGAACAAGCAUCAUGGAGGAGUUUAAGGUUCAGACGGCCAAACAUCCGGUACCCAACAGUUCACCCAUGAGGUCGCACAGCGAGCAGACUAGAGAACACGCGGCCAAGCGUCUCUCCACCACCUCCAACGGCACGAGUGACGGAGGCGCCGGAUCCAAAACCCCGGUGGAGAUCACGGCGCUGGAGGAGUCGUUCCGCCGCUUCGCCAUUCACGGAGACACGCGAGCCGCCGGCAAGGAGAUGAACGGCAAAAACUGGUCCAAACUGUGUAAAGACUGCGGCGUCAUCGAUGGAAAGAGCAUCACCCUGACAGACGUGGACAUCGUCUUCUCCAAAGUCAAGAAUAAAUCCAGCCGCACCAUCACAUACAGUCAGUUUAAAGACGCGCUGGGAGAACUGGCCAGCAAACGCUUUAAAGAGAAAAGCAGCGAGGACGCCGCACGCGAGGUUCACAAACUGAUCGAAGGGAAAUCGCCUGUUAUAUCUGGAGUCACGAGAGCCGUGGCGUCUCCCACCGUGUCCCGCCUGACAGACACCACCAAGUUCACCGGCUCUCACAAGGAGCGCUUCGACGAGACAGGCCGCGGGAAGGGUAAGGCCGGCCGGGUGGAGAUGCCGGACACGUCCGGUUAUGUCUCCGGAUACAAGCACGCCGGCUCGUACGAGAAGAAAGUUCAAGGGAAACCCGGUCAAAAGCCCAUGUGAGUUUCACCAGACAAACCCCGACUCUGGGAAGCACAAAAGGAUUUCAGCGUCUGUGAAUUUGAUCCAUUUCGUGUUCCUCGUCCUAAAUAUGUCUGUGUGUUUUAACUGGAAUGUUGUUUACAUCCGAACCGAGACGUCACCAGCUGGUACAUUCCUAACAAACUGCACACGAUGAUGCCAACAGAACGAAACUAGUGAAGGAUUGUGUUUGUGUGAUCGCUGGUGUUUUUCAAAUGAAACGCACACAGGAGCGGAUGGUUUGUGAUUUGUCUUUCAGCAGAAUGAGGUCAGAAACAAAGUGACGUGAGUGCUUGGCUGUUGCGAUGCCUGUGUUGAACAUACCUGCAUGCACUCUCGUGUUAAAUAUUACUAUUUAAAGGUGUUAUCUACACAUGUCAUGUUGACAUUUUAACUUUUAACUUUAACCUCAGACUGUUGCUCCAUCACGACUUGAUGAAGGAAAAUUUGGACCGCAAAUGUUUUAGCAAGCGUGUGCUUUAGCGCCCCCUUUGGCUGCAGUGAGAAUGCAGCAAUUUCAAAGUUAAGUUAUAAAAUAUAAAAAUGUGUUUAUUUGUAUGACACACUGAAUACAUUUACUCCUAAUUCAUUCAGUUUAUGGGAUAAUAUAGACAUGAAUAACUGCUUUUGACAUCAAUUAAGCAUUGAGCUAAACCCAUAGAUCACCUUGAUUUUAAACUAAACAAAAAUUCGGAGACCAUUCCAAAUUGUCUAGAUGUAUCGGGGCCAUUUCAGUCCAGUGUCUGUUGAAUUUCAAGAGAAUCAAACCUCAGGAGUGACAAAAAAGUCAUCAGACAGCAAUGUGAAAGACUGACAACAAGACACAUGACGACUGAGAUAAAAUCCAGGUUAUAACAUAAAAAAAUAUUUUUUGAACUUUUCCUACAUGCAUGAAUCAAUAUGAAUGUUGUGUUUCUUACAAGUGAAUCUGAACAUGUUUUCUUUGCAGUAUUUGAGGUCUGAAAAAAUACACAGCAUCUUUUCUGUUAUUGACACCUGUUUAUAUUUUCUGAAAAUAAAUGUUGAUAGAAACUAAAUUUUUAUUUGAAAUAUGGGAGAUAUUUUGUUAGUAAUUCACAGAAUGAAACAACUUUACUUAAACACACCUUUAAUUAGUAAAUCCAGAAAAACUAAAAAUGGUCUUUUAAAUUUUUGAUCUAGUCCAGCCACCCUAAACCGUUUGAUAGGGAAAUAUCAGACCUUUGCUCAAGAUUGUAUAUCUAGUAGUUGGUGGUGGAGUUUAUUUGAUCUAGUUUGUAGGUUCAUGAAGUUGAUGUAUAUUUUAACAUUUUAAUGUCAUAACCUGAAAUGAAUCCUGUGUAUUUUGUAUUUGUGUGGAAUGAUUAUUAACUGUAUCAUGGGUCUUUCUUAUCGCCUGAUGUUAAUAACAUUUGCUGUUUUCCAAACUCAAUACUCAGCAGUUAAUAACAACACUUUGACCCUAUGACACUAUGACACGUCUAUAUAAAACCUGUGGCCAAACAUGAACAACUCUAUUAUUGCCCAAAACUCAGCUUUAAUGUGCAUUUCACACAUUUUAUCAUGUUUAAUUUCAAUCUACAGAUCACAUCAGAUGUGAUUUAUAUCUGCAGAUGAUGUCUUCCCUGUUGAAACCAUCUGUUUUGAUGCUGGUUUGCUCUGGUCAUGUGCUGGUCCUUAGCUGGUCAAACCAACAUCAGAACACACGUAACCCGGCACAUGCUGGUUUUUUCAACAGGGUUGGCCUAUUUCUAGCCAAUAGAUCAAAGUGUAAACAUGAAGGUUUGAAUGUUCUUUUGUAUUCUUCUGUACAGGUUUGGUUUGAAAAGCACUGUUCUUGUAUUUAACGUGUCAUAUGGAGGCACUCUUUGUGUAGUAUGUGAAACGUAUCUGCCUACAGAACAAUGUUUACAGGAGAUGUUCUCUAUAGCCAAACGUCAUGAAUACAUUCCCUUUUCUGUAGAAACACACACUGCCAUUUCAACAUGCAGAACAACUUCCAACACGAGGGAAUUUACACGAGGGACUACUUUUAAAUGUAAUAAAAAUCAAUUUCAGUCACGAAUGACUCUUUUAGACCGAUUUUUGAACCAUUUAGACUGAUUCGAUACAAAUCCCAAAGCCAAGUUCAACACAAGCAAUAUUCCGCCCCUGAAACAUUUCACAGAAAAGCACAAAUUUUAUAUUUAUUCUAGACAAUGUCAUGUUUAAACUCCUGAAAGCAUCGGUCGAGUCAAAAGUGUACAGACAUAUUCUUUUACAGAACAUCUAUUUUCAGAGAUGAAAAGUGGCAUAUGGUUCCGAUCAUUCAUGUCAAAUAUUUUAUGCAUAUUUAUGAGAAUAAACCAUAAAGUCUAUUUGUUGUGCUAUUUAACAAAUGAUUUGAGUGUUUUUUGUGCCUAAUGCCAAAAACAGUUGUUAACCUUGUGUUUCAAAGAACAAUACUGUUGUUUUUUAAAUAACGUUUUGUAAUGUUUUACAGUGUUCUGAUAUGCAUGUCAUACAGUGUGGUGAUGAUGGUAAAACCAAUUUUAUUAUGUCAGUGUUUUGUAGCAUUGUAUUAAAUGGAAAACAAACUG